AUGCCGAAGUCAAAGCGGGACCGCAAAGUGUCGCUCACGCGCACGCCCAAGAAGGGGCUGGAGGCCAAGCAGGCGCUCAUCAGCGAGCUGCGGCAGUGCGUGGACACCUUCCGGCACCUCUUCGUCUUCUCGGUGGACAACAUGCGCAACGACAAGCUGAAGGGCGUGCGGAGCGCCUGGAGGCACAGCCGCAUCUUCUUCGGCAAGAACAAGGUGAUGAUGGUGGCGCUGGGACGGGAGCCGGCCAGCGAGUACCGCGAGAACCUGCACCAGGUCAGCAAGCGGCUGCGCGGGGAGGUCGGGCUGCUCUUCACCGACCGCACCAAGGACGAGGUGAACGCGUGGUUCUCGCAGUUCCGGGAGGUGGAUUUCGCCCGCGCGGGGAACAGGGCGACCUACGCGGUGAGCCUGGACACGGGGCCCUUGGAGCAGUUCCCGCACUCCAUGGAGCCGCAGCUGCGGCAGCUGGGGCUGCCCACGGCCCUCAAGAAAGGAGUGGUGACGCUGCUCUCUGACUACGAGGUGUGCAAGGAGGGGGACGUGCUGACGCCGGAGCAAGCGCGCAUCCUGAAACUCUUUGGCUACGAGAUGGCGGAGUUCAAAGUGACCAUCAAAUUCCUGUGGAACUCUGAGACAGGAGACUUUGAGCAGCUGGAAGGAGAGCCGGAGACUGCAGGAGAGGAGGAGGAGGAGGAGGAAGAAGAGCAGAACAGCAGCGAGGACUAGCGGCAGUGCUUGUCUUUGCAUACGGGACAGUUUUAACUAUUUCAGACACAAAAAGGUUUUCUCUUUCUCCGCCUGCACCAGGCAGACAAGGCAACCAACUCACAUUGUUUCCCAUAAAAGAUGAUCUCUGUUUUUU